UGUGAGUGGCCAAAAGAGCUGUCAAUCCGGAGGGGAACCCUUGGUUCCUUCCUUCAGCCUCUCAGCUACUGCGCUUUGUGAGGGCGGUAUUAAUGUUAAUGAAGGAAAGCCGGAGCUGAAGCAGAAAGACUGAGAAACAGAGAGAGAGAGUGGGAGAAGAGAAAAGGAAGAAAAAGUUAUUUGCCCUGACGUCAAAUGUAAACAAGAUGGCGAUCCGGGGAGAGUGGAGAAGAGGAGGAGAGAGAGGGGAGAGAGUGGGAGUGCCACACAUACUUGAAAUGUGCUCUUGCACUCAAGGAGUUGACUUGCUGAGAAGCCAGCCCUGACAACGCGUUCAUUUCUUACCGUCAACUUUACCCCCCCCCCCCGUGUGUUUUCUAUGAUAUAUUUAAAAAGGAAAAGAUGCACAGAAAAAGUCAAACAAAAUGCGUGAAUCUCUUCAAGAAACGGAAAAGGAACCGCCUGCAGUGAAACCCAAGAACUUCCUUCAGGUUGUGACAACUUGGAAGAAAAGGAGCCAGACUUAAGUUGAGUUGGUAUCCCUGGGCAGAGGAAAGACCCUUUCUUUUUACAAGGGAAUAUGAAUUUUCUCUCCUUACUUAAAAGAAUUUAAAAUGGACAUUUAAACAAAGACUCCGCAGUUUGCUAUGGUGGAGUAGAUUACUGGCCAUCCAGUAUAUGUAUGUGUGUGUGUGUGUGUAUGUGUGAGAGAGGACAGGUGGGAGACCCCUCUCCUGCGGGGAUAUGGCUGUAAGGUCUCGCAGACCGUGGAUGAGCGUGGUGCUGGGACUGGUGCUGGGAUUCACCGCCGCUUCGUGGCUUAUCGUGCCCAGGGUGGUGGAGAUCAACGGCAAGAACAAAAGGAUCUCCAACAUCUGCCAUUCGUUGCUGAGCAGAGCCGGGAUCGCGAGGGAGGCAGCGGCGGGCGCCAGCAACGGCAACAGCAAUAGCAGGAGCUUGGGUUGGCACAAGGACACGGUGCUGCUCAGCAAACUGCGGCAGCGGGAGGAGGCUGAAGAGGAGGGGGAGGACGAGGAGGAGGAGGCGGAGGGAAGGCAAGGGGCGAGCGACAAGCAUUUCCUCUACGUUGGGGUGAUGACAGCUAAAAAGUACCUGGACUCACGGGCGGUGGCCGCCUAUCGCACCUGGGUGCCAUCCAUCCCGGGCAAGGUGGAGUUCUUUUCCAGCGAGGGCUCCGACCAGUUGCCCCUGCCCGUGCCCAUCCCGCUGGUGUCGCUGGCCGGGGUGGACGACUCGUAUCCGCCGCAGAAGAAAUCCUUUAUGAUGCUCAAGUAUAUGCACGAUCUUUACCUGGAGCGUUACGAGUGGUUCAUGCGCGCCGACGACGACGUUUACAUUAAGGGCAGCCGGCUGGAGGAGCUUCUGCGCUCGCUGAACAGCAGCCAGCCGCUCUACCUGGGGCAAACUGGCCUGGGCACUAGCCAGGAACUGGGCAAACUGGCCCUCGAGCCCGGCGAGAACUUCUGCAUGGGCGGUCCCGGCAUGAUCUUUAGCCGGGAGGUGCUGCGGCGUAUGGUGCCGCACCUGGGCGAGUGCUUGCGCCAGAUGUACACCAGCCACGAGGACGUGGAGAUCGGCAGGUGCGUGCGGAGGUUCGGCGGCACCCAGUGCGUCUGGUCGUAUGAGAUGGCAGAAUUCCACCCUGGCCACAUCUGUCUGGAGAAGGUAAACCAGAUGCAGCAGCUGUUCUAUGAAAAUUACGAGCACAACAAAAAGGGAUACAUUCAGGAUUUGCACAACAGCAAGAUUCAUAACGCUAUAACACUCCAUCCCAACAAACGGCCCUCCUAUCAGUACAGACUGCAUAAUUAUUUGCUAACCCGUAAAGUUUCAGAACUACGCCAUCGGACCAUCCUGUUGCAUCGAGAAAGUGCUUCUAUGAGCAAGCUCAGCAAUACUGAGGUGCGCAAGGAGGAUCAACAACUUGGAAUGAUGCCUUCUUUUAUGCGUUUCCAGCCACAGGAUAGGAACGAGGUCCUUGAGUGGGAAUUUCUUACUGGGAAACACCUUUAUAGCAUGGUAGAAACACAAAUCCCUCGGCAGGGCAUCAACAGCAUGCUGCGUGCAGCACUGGACGACACCAUAUUGCAAAUUAUGGAAAUGAUCAACUGGAACUCCAAGACCCGGGGACGUGUAAUUGAGUUUAAAGAAAUUCAGUAUGGUUACCGCAGAGUUAAUCCCAUGCAUGGAGCAGAGUACAUCAUGGAUCUGUUGCUACUUUAUAAGAAACACAAAGGAAGAAAGGUGACUGUUCCUGUGAGACGCCAUGCUUACAUUCAACAAUCUUUCAGUAAACCAUUCAUGAAGGAGGCAGAAGAACUUAAUGCUAGAGAGCUUGCGGCAAGUAUAAACAAUGAUGCCCAGUCAUUCUCCUUCCUCUCAAACUCGCUGAAGAUCUUUUCACCAUUCCAAUUCACAGAGAGCACCAAAGAGCUUAGGCAACGUAAUGAACAGAAAGUUCACAUCCUAGUCCCUCUCACUGGAAGGUACGAUAUAUUUGUGCGGUUCAUGGAGAACUUCGAGAAAACUUGCCUUAUUCAAAAGCAGAAUGUAAAAUUAUCCAUAUUGUUAUUCAAUUCCGAUUCAGUCCCAAAUGAAGGCAAUCACAUGGAGUUAAUGAGAGAGCUUAACCUGAAGUAUCCUAAAGCAGACAUGACAAUUCUCCCAAUGAGGGGAGAAUUCUCCAGAGGCUUGGCACUAGAAAUGGGUUCUUCUUCAUUUCAUAAUGACAGUUUGUUGCUCUUCUGUGACGUUGACUUAAUUUUUACGCCAGACUUUCUGCAAAGAUGUAGGGACAAUACAAUUCAGGGAGAACAAGUUUAUUUUCCUGUAAUCUUUAGUCAGUAUGACCCAAAAAUAGUUUAUGGUAGUAACCCUGUAAACGAUAACAACUUUGUUUUCACAAAGAAGACCGGUUUCUGGAGGGAUUAUGGCUUUGGAAUUGUUUGCAUAUACAAGAGCGAUUUAUUGCAAGUUGGUGGAUUUGAUAUCUCCAUUCAGGGAUGGGGCCUGGAAGAUGUUGAUCUUUUCACUAAAGUGAUCUCUUCCGGCUUGAAUGCCUUUAGAAGCCAAGAAAUUGGGGUUGUCCAUGUUUACCACCCUGUUCACUGUGAUCCCAAUAUAGAUCCUAAGCAAUACAAGAUGUGUCUAGGGUCCAAAGCAAGUACAUUUGGAUCAACAAUGCAGCUGGCUGAACUCUGGCUUGAAAAGCAUUUAAAUGGUGGAUACAAUAGAACUAUAUCCUGACACUCAAGCUCCUUAUCUCACUCUUCAAAGGAUUUUACCUCAGAUUUUUACAUUAUUAUGCUUUUGGUUCUCCAGUCACCUCUUCCAAAGAAGAUUUUCAAAGUAUUAAGACAAGGUGAAUAACAUUCAUGAAUAUUUUAAUGUCCUAUGGAAAGUGCUUUGAAAAUGGGUUAUUUUGAUCUUUGCUUAAAGCUGGGGAGAUACAAAACACCUGAGAGUUCUGUCAGUUGCAUUCCUCAUGCAGGCUUUGUCAAAGUGCUUCUUGUGUCAGAACCUGAACUCCAAAAUCAAAACUGAUAUGUUGGAAAUAAU